CUUCGCCCUCACGAUCGGCAAUCAACCCAACAAACCAUAGCAUCGACAUCAGCUUCCUUUACCAUUCCACUCCUCCUGUAACAUCCAUCAUUCCCAAAACACACCACCUUGCCCGUCCUCUUCAUACCCCGAUACUCUUCGCAGUACACCCGCCACAAUAACAGCCAACAUACAUGGCUCCGUCAAGCACAGCAAGCUCCAGCAACGCCAUCGUCCAUCCUCCCACGAGCACCGCCAUGACCCUAGUCAACAACCCCCGCUCGGCUCUGGCCUUAAUCCAAGGCGCACCCUCUACCGGUGUUGGUUCCAGCAGCAGUGGAAACAGUGGCAAUAGCUCACUGACACGGACACAGAUCCAAGGAUCCACUGAUAUCAUGCCCAAUGCCAACAACAUGCUCGUCAGUGGCCGCAACAGCAAUUCUACAAGGUCUAACGCCACUACCACCAACAGGCCGUCGACUUCUGGCACUGCUGGGUCCUCGCCCUUAUCUUCGCCUUCGCCUUCGCCCUCGCCAACGAUGCAAAAGUCGCCCAGACCAUCUAGCACUGCCCGAAGCAACGUCGCAGCCUUCUUGACAAAGCUCUACAACAUGGUUGGAGACGAGGCAUCCAACAACUUGAUCAAAUGGUCGGAAGACGGACACUCAUUUCUUGUCCUCAAGCACGUAGAGUUUGCAAAGGAAGUACUGCCAAAGUUUUUCAAGCACAACAGAUUUUCAUCGUUUGUACGACAGCUCAACAUGUAUGGAUUUCACAAGGUACCCCAUUUGCAACAAGGUGUUCUCCUCCCGGAUACGGACUCUGAGCAGUGGGAGUUUAGUAAUCCACACUUUCAAAAGAACCAGCCCGACUUGCUGUGCUUGGUCUCUCGUAAGAAGGCGUCGAAUGCAAACGAUGACAGGGAUGCGUUGACGAUGGAUCUGGGACAUAUUUUACAGGAAGUAACGGCGAUCAAGAAGCACCAGAUCGCUAUUUCGUCCGAUUUGAAGAAUAUUGAGCGAGACCAUCAGUCGUUGUGGCAGGAAUCGAUCGCAGCGAGGGAGCGACACCAGCGGCAGCAGGAGACGAUUGACAAGAUUCUUCGGUUCUUGGCAAGCGUGUUUUCGGGAGAGAAGAAGAAGGCAAUUGUUCCGAACAAGAGGCCAAGGUUGACGAUCACGGAGGGCGAUUUGAAUGAGGAAUACGAACAUGGUUUGAAUCAGGGAUUCGGAGAGGAGCAUGAGGAAGAGGUGACGAAGCUGCUUGGAAGCAAGCGUAAGCGUGCAUCGAUGGUAGAGUCGGAGGCGGACUAUGUCUUGCCUGGGAUGGAAUCGCAGGGAUUGCCCACUAAGCCAACCUUUAACCUCAGUGAAAUGACGCCAGCAACACUGGCUCUGCUUGCAAACGCGAACCAAUCGGCUCAGGUAACUCCUGUGUCUUUAUAUUCUUCCCCCUCACUUACUACUACAGCGCCUAUAGCGACUUCAACAGCACCGACCACAAUCCCACCUGUAACCAACACAGCAUUGCCAACGAUUUCAACGGCCACUGCGACUUUGCCAGAGUACCUCACAUCUCUUCCAACGACAACAACAGCCACCAAUUACGCGACACAGCCAUUCAAACUGGAUGCUGCGAAUUUGACGAUUCCUCCGAUGCUGUUACCGAACGGGAUCAGUCCAGUGCAUCACGACAUGUUGAGGUCGAUAUCGAUGGCGAACGCACAGGAGAUGACGUCAGCACCGAUGCCAGCAGUGUCGUUUACGCAGACAGAGGCAGGGGCGAAUGCUGCGAAGGGAGUGGAGGAUAUUACAAAGGAGAUUGAGCAGCUGCAGAAGAACAUUGAGGCGUUGGAGGCACAUGGAUUGGAUAUGGAUGAGUUUACGUUUGCGAACAAUUAUCUUGAUACAGGUUCUUUUGAUCCUGAUGGGUUUGGAGAUUUGAGCAACAUCAGCGAGAGUGGGAUUCCGUAUGAGGAUCCGUUGGGAGAUGAGGCAGAGUCGAUGAACGAGAUGAUCCAUGGGGACCCGCAGGAGGAGCUAUUGGCCGCAAGCACACCUGUGGCAGGUACAUCCAUUACAAACACGCCUGACGCGCCUUGAAGAAUCAGCAGCAUGUAUCAUAUUGCACUAUACAAAAAUAAAAAAAAAAUAUCCGGUAUUAGGACAGUAUACGGACACAGACGCUGCACAGCAUUCAAUCCAGAGAGGAGCAUGGUCCAUGCGCACUAAGGAGAGGUUGUGAGCCCAUCUGUCCGAUAGUGUCGUACAAACAGCCUUAAAAAGGGGAGAAGAUCUAUCUGCACUGCACUCUUGCUUUAUUUGGACCAUGCCGCUUUUUCCUCUGCACCUCCAUUCUCUUCUUUAUUUACCAGAGACAACAUCCCCCCUCUCCCUUCCUCCCACACCCCCACCCCCUUCCCC